GAUUUUUCGGCGCGUCUUACCCAAUGGUAAUACAAAAUUCCAAAAUGUCGACAAUUUCUGGCUUUUGAAUUAUCUUAACGACCGAAAACAACACACUGAGUGAUUAUUUCAUUGCCUACUAACGUGAAAACUAUAAAUCAUUUUCUCAUACACUCAUAUACUACUCAAGGUCUAUGAUAACAGGAUUUCUGGACCGAACUCAAUGGCAAAAUUUGGUAGCUGGUGUCGCCGGUGGAGUAACAUCUGUAUUGAUUCUACAUCCAUUAGAUUUAGCCAAAGUUAGAUUACAAGUGAAUGAAGGCACAGGUGUUGUUGCUUGCAGGCCUAAAACAACACGAGCAUUUCAAACUUUAUAUGAAAUUGUCCAAUAUCGAGGUUUACGAGGUCUUUACCUGGGUUUAACACCAAAUCUUAUUGGAGCUGGUAGUUCUUGGGGUAUAUACUUUUUUCUUUAUGAAGGCAUGAAAAGGUUCGCUCAACAAGGUGAAGAAUCUAAAGCACUUACAACUAUUCAAUAUUUGACCUAUGCCGCUGUAUCAGGCGCCAUAACAGUAUCCAUCGUCAAUCCGAUUUGGGUUAUUAAAACAAGACAGUGUUUACAGUAUGAAGAGGCGUUGAAGUCAAUGCAUAAAUCUCCAACAACAGUCCACUUCAAUGAGCCAAUACCAAAAUCUACUUGGAGUGCAUUACGUAAUUUAUGGAUAAAUGAAGGUUUUCUUGGCUUGUAUCGUGGUUAUCUACCCGGUUUGUUUGGUGUUAGUCAUGGUGCUAUACAGUUUAUGUUCUAUGAACAUUUUAAAAACGCCUAUAAUAAAUACCAUUACAAUAGACCAGUGAAUGAAAAGUUGUCGGCUCUUGAGUAUUUAACAUUCUCCUCCACGUCUAAAUUGAUUGCAGCUGUGAUAACAUAUCCUUAUCAAGUGAUUCGGUCAAGAAUGCAAGAUCAGCAUAGACAGUAUAAUGGAGUUAUUGAUGUUAUUCGACAAUUAUGGAGAGGUGAAGGCGUGCAUGGAUUUUACAAGGGACUUGUACCGCACAUCCUUCGAUGUACACCAGCCUGUGGAAUAACAUUUCUUGUAUAUGAAUACACGUUAAUCGCUUUCGAUUGGUUCAAAUAACAGUGGUGAUUAUAUUUGCUCUUAUUGUGAUUGCAUUUCUUCUCCACUGAAAGGAAGAGAAAACCCCCUUUUCCCAUACAACAAUAAAUCAUGUAGAUGAUAUCUGACCCUUGUUUUGCGUGGGGGCGGGGGAGGAGGGAGGAGCAUAAACGUGUGAUAACUUUUCACUGCCUAUACCGGUGGAUUGUAUAUUGUAAUGCUUAGUAUCAUUAUUAUUGUUAGUUUUUGUACAUACAGUUUACUGUUUCACUCCCAAUAUUAUUUUAGAAUUG